CAACAACAACAACAACAACAACAACAACAGCAGCAGCAACAAUAACAACAACAACAUCAGCCACAUUAGCAGCACUAAGUUAAACAAUAGCAUUCAAUUAAACAAUGCCAUAUUGAGACCGGCGGCAACAACAAUUGUCACGCAUACGGCGAAGCCUUCGCGCAUUGAUGGCAAAUUUACAACAUUACCAACAACAUUAACAACAACAGCCAAGAUUGUUAUUGACAAGAAUCAAUUGAGCAAUAUGCCAAAGAAAUUGACAAAUGUGAGCUAUACGGGCGCAGUGGCCACGCCCAUUCGUCUGCCCUACAAGCAGCCAGCCAUGGCGAUCAGCAACAGCAAUGUUGCACGAGCUGCCAGCAACAGCAAUGUCGGCAACACAGGCGCCGUCGCUGCUCCGCCAGCAACAUCUGCUGCAACAUCAGGCGCUGGAGGCGGCGCUGGAGCUGUUGGCGCUGCUGCCGGCGCCGGCACUGGCGGCAUGAAGGUGAACACGCACAUGCUGGAGAAGCUGCAGCAGCUGAUAGCACUCAAUCCGGAGUACUUGACCAGCGGCAUACCCAAUCAUGUGAUGACGCAGCUGUUCAUGCAGCCCAUGCGGCAGCCACAGGCGCCCAUGCAAGCCAACAUGGCCGCAGGCAGUCCAGGAGCUGCCACCAAUGCAGCAGCCAACUCGGCUGCAGCGGCGGCCGCAGCAGCUGCGGCUGCUUUCUCGCCACAGGAGGAGGACGAGGUGGACUAUGAGGAAAUGGGUGUAGCUGAAACAUAUGCGGACUAUUGGCCAGCCAAGCUCAAGCUGGGCAAGAAGCAUCCCGAUCCGGUGGUGGAGACCGCCUCGCUCAGCUCUGUGGAGCCCUGCGAUGUUUACUACAAGCUCUCCGUGCCCACCGAGACGAUCAAUAGCGGCCAGCUGAGCGCCCUGCAGCUGGAAUCGAUUACAUAUGCCUCGCAGGCUCACGAUCAUCUCCUGCCCGAUGGCAGUCGCGCUGGCUUUCUGAUCGGCGAUGGUGCUGGUGUGGGCAAGGGUCGCACCAUAGCAGGCAUUAUCUAUGAGAACUACUUGAAGGGACGCAAGAAGGCGCUCUGGAUAUCCGUGUCCAACGAUCUCAGAUACGAUGCGGAGCGUGAUCUUAGCGAUAUUGGUGCCACACGCAUUGAAGUGCAUCCCUUGAAUAAGUUUAAGUACGCCAAAAUUAGCUCCGAUGCCAACAACAAUUGCAAGCGCGGCGUCAUCUUUAGCACCUACUCCGCUCUGAUAGGCGAGUCCAACAACAAGACAGGCAAAUAUCGCUCGCGCUUCCGCCAGCUGCUCCAAUGGUGUGGCGAGGAUUUUGAGGGUCUGAUUAUCUUCGAUGAGUGCCACAAGGCCAAGAAUCUAUGCCCCGUCGGCUCGGGCAAACCCACCAAAACCGGCCAAACAGUGCUGGAACUACAACAAAAGCUUCCCAAGGCGCGUGUCGUCUACGCCUCGGCCACAGGCGCUUCCGAGCCGAAGAACAUGGCGUAUAUGGUGCGCCUAGGCCUCUGGGGCCAAGGCACUGCAUUUGGCGGCUUCAAUGACUUCAUCACAGCUGUAGAGCGACGUGGCGUUGGUGCCAUGGAAAUCGUCGCCAUGGACAUGAAACUGCGCGGCAUGUAUAUUGCACGUCAGCUGAGCUUCAAGGGCGUCAGUUUCAAGAUUGAAGAGGUGCCGCUGUCCAAGGAGUUUCGCAAGAUUUACGAUCAAUCCGUUGAACUUUGGGUGGAGGCCAUGCAAAAGUUUACAGAGGCCGCCGAGCUCAUCGAUGCCGAGAGUCGCAUGAAGAAGACCAUGUGGGGACAGUUCUGGUCAUCACAUCAGCGCUUCUUCAAAUAUCUGUGCAUUGCGGCCAAAGUGAAUCAUGCCGUGACAGUGGCGCGUGAGUCCAUCAAAUAUGGCAAAUGUGUCGUCAUUGGUCUGCAAUCAACCGGUGAGGCACGCACAUUGGAUCAGCUCGAGCGAGAUGAUGGCGAGCUGACAGAUUUUGUGUCCACAGCCAAAGGUGUCUUCCAAUCGUUUGUUGAACGCCAUUUUCCAGCGCCAGAUCGCAAUCGCAUUAACCGCAUUUUGGGUCUUUGGGAUGAGACACCGUCGUCCUCGCCCGGCAAUAGGCAAGCGGAUAGCCUGCAUAAUAACAACAAUGUUAAUAGUAAUAAUAACAACAAUAACCACAGCAGCAGCGGCAAUGCCAAUAACCGAUGCAAGCGCAAGGGCAGCGACUCUGCCGGCUCACUAAACAAGAAGAAGAAGAAGGCGAAGCGCAGCAACAACAGCUCUUGGCAAUUCAACAGCGACAGCGAUGAGGAGGCGGCUCAUACAACGGACAACGAUGAGGAGAACAGCGACGAUGCCUUUAACGAUGACCCAGACAAUGGUGGUGAGGACGACGAGGAUGAGGAUGAUGACGAUGAUGCCGAGAACGAUGAGCAGCAUGAGGAUGACGAUAGCGAUAGACGCAGCGUGGCCAGUGAUGCUAGCUCUGAUUUCAAUCCCUUCUUCAGUGGCAGCGACAGUGACAUUGAUCCUUGGGUAAAUGCGCGCAGCAAAAAGUCCAAGAAGCCACAAAAGAAACUCACCAAGAAGAAGAAGCCAAUCAAGAAGGAAAAAGACAUUAAGAAGGAGACGUCAGGCACAUCCACGCCCACGCCCACGCCAACUCCCACACCGAGCAGCAGCAGCAGCAACAGCAAUGCCAACGCCGGCAUGUCCGCCACUGUGGUUGCCGCCUUGAAUGCCGCCAAGAGUCGCAAGGGCACUGGACAAUCGACGCAGGAUAAAAUACAGGAUCUGCUGCAGAAGAAGCAGGAGCUGAAGGGCACAGUGACACCGGUGGGCGUUAAUGGCGUUAAGCUCAACUAUGGACCACCGCCAAAGGAUGCCAUCGAGCGUGCCUGCACCAUGAAGGAGGAGCUGCUGCGUAAAAUCGAAAAGCUCGGCGGCCGCUUGCCGCCCAACACGCUGGAUCAGCUCAUCGAUGAGCUGGGCGGGCCCGAUAAUGUCGCCGAGAUGACUGGACGUCGUGGACGUGUGGUGCAAAGCGACGAUGGCUCCAUACAGUACGAGUCGCGCACAGAGUCGGAUGUGCCGCUGGAGACGCUCAACAUAACGGAGAAGCAACGCUUUAUGGAUGGCCAAAAGGAUGUGGCCAUUAUUUCAGAGGCUGCCUCCAGCGGCAUUUCGCUGCAGAGCGAUCGACGCGUCUUCAAUCAGCGUCGGCGCGUGCAUAUAACGCUGGAGCUGCCCUGGUCAGCGGAUCGUGCUAUACAACAGUUUGGCCGCACGCAUCGUUCCAAUCAGGUGAAUGCACCCGAGUACAUAUUUCUUAUAUCCGAUCUGGCGGGCGAGCGUCGUUUUGCCUCCACCGUGGCCAAGCGCCUGGAGUCGCUGGGCGCUUUAACCCAUGGCGAUCGACGUGCCACCGAAACGCGUGACCUGUCCCAGUUCAACAUUGACAACAAGUAUGGUCGCCAAGCUCUCGAGACGGUGAUGCGCACCAUUAUGGGCUAUGAGACGCCACUGGUGCCGCCGCCCACAGACUACAGCGGUGAGUUCUUCAAGGACAUUGCCGGCGCUCUUGUCGGCGUCGGCAUUAUUGUCAACAGCGAAAGCCAUCCGGGCGUACUCAGUCUGGACAAGGACUAUAACAACAUAUCCAAGUUCUUGAAUCGCAUACUCGGCUGUCCCGUUGAUCUGCAGAAUCGUCUGUUCAAGUACUUCACGGACACCAUGACGGCCAUCAUCAAUCAGGCCAAGCGUGGUGGACGCUUCGAUCUGGGCAUUGUGGAUCUUGGCGCUGCUGGCGAGAAUGUGACGCGUGUGCGUCUUGUGCGCUUUAUGCGCAAACAUGCCACCGGCGUGGCACCCACCGAGCUGCAUACGGUGCGUGUGGAGCGCGGCAUGAUCUGGCAGGAAGCCAUCGACAAAUAUGCUGAUUUGUUUAACGAGCAUGAUGGCUUCUAUACCUCGCAUCAGCUGCGCAAUCAGAAGCGCACCGCCAUACUUGUGAUCAUCAUUGAGGCAACGCAGCGCAAUGCCGGCGAUAAUGCCGAUAGCAGCAGCAGCAGCAGCAAGAAAAAGAAGCCACGCGGCAAGAAGGAGAUCAUGUGCCAGAUCUUUAGACCCAAUACUGGGCUGCAAGUGCGCCACGAAUCGCUGGCCGAGCUGGAGAAGAAAUACCGCAAGGUGAGCAGCCAGGAGGCUGAACCACAUUGGACUGAACAAUACGAUGCAUCGGUGAAUACCUGCUCGCAUGCCUAUUGGAAUGGCAAUUGUCGCAAUGUUAGUCUAGGACAUGACUGCGAGGUCGGCUUACGUCAGCGUUUGUAUCAUGUGCUUGCUGGCUCGGUGUUGUCCGUUUGGGGACGUGUCGAGCAUAUAUUGAACACUCGCUCCAAUAGCAAAAUGCAGGUGAUACGCAUGAAGACCACGGAGGGUGAAAAGAUUGUCGGCACCUUGAUACCCAAAUCGUGCUACGAGCCGCUGAUGAAUGAUCUUUGCAGUGACUGCAAGAAGAAAGAAGAAUUCAACUAUUAGGCAAACAGAUGUACUCCAAACACACAAACAGACAAACACAUUGCCUGCUAUUUUUCCAUUAGUUUAGCUGCCAACAACAACAAGAACACAACAAGUUUAAGAAGAAUAUGAAUUUGUAUUGUUGGCCUUAAGUGUUAAAUAUGUUUCAUUACUGAUUUUUCCUUUUUCGACUUUAGUUAGUUUUAUUUUGACAAAUUCCUUGUAGCUUAAGCACAAUUAAUUAACAAAGCAG